AUGUCGUUGAGCCCAAAGCACACUACGCCUUUUUCAGUGACAGAUAUUUUGAGUCCAAUCGAGGAGACCUACAAGAAGUUUGGUGGCAUGGACGGCGCAGGGAACCUAACCUCUCCACUGGGAGCCUACCGGCAGCCUCAGAUGUCUCAGACCGGCAUGCAGCAGCACUCCAUGGGCCACAACGCCUCCAUGGCCACCACUUACCACAUGCCGCACAGCGUCUCCCAGUUCUCCCACAGCGCAAUGGGGGGAUACUGCAAUGGAAGCAUUGGCAACAUGGGAGACCUCCCGUCGUACCAGGAGAGCAUGCGGAAUAGUGCAGCAGCCACAGGAUGGUACAGCGCCAACCCUGAUCCCAGAUACUCCACAAUUUCUAGAUUCAUGGGACCUUCCACAGGUAUGAACAUGACUGGCAUGGGGAGUCUCACCGGGAUGGCGGACCCCAGCAAAGCCAUGCCAGCGCUCCACGCGGCGCCCAGGAGGAAGAGGCGCGUGCUGUUCUCGCAAGCUCAGGUCUACGAGCUGGAGAGGAGGUUCAAGCAGCAGAAGUACCUGUCGGCGCCGGAGCGGGAGCACCUGGCCAGCAUGAUCCACCUGACGCCGACCCAGGUGAAGAUCUGGUUCCAGAACCACCGGUACAAGAUGAAGCGCCAGGCCAAGGACAAGGCGGCGCAGCAGCUGCAGCAGCAGCAGCAACAGGACGGCAACCUGUGCCAACAGCAGGCGCAGUCCCCGCGGCGCGUGGCCGUGCCCGUGCUCGUGAAGGACGGUAAGCCGUGUCAGAACGGCUCCAACACGCCGACGCCGAGCCAGGUGCAGCAGAACCAGCAGCAGAGCCAGCAACAAAACGGAGCCGGAGUCGUGCUCGCGUCCUCGGUGAGCCAGCACCAAAGCCAGGUGAACGCGCUGGACCUGGAGGAGAUGUCGCCCAGCCCCCCCUCCCUGCACAGCCAGCUCAACAUGGCCCAGAUAGACACGUCUGCUGUAGAUUACACCAGUAACAUGGUCAACUCAAACCUCCUGUACGGCAGAACGUGGUAGGACCUCAGCAAAACUGUUCCACUUUUCUAUGUCACACACACGC